AAGGCCAGCACGUGCUGCGCCCGCCCGCCAGGCCCGCCAAGGGGGCGGAGGCCCCGGCUUUUCUCCUAAGCCACUCUCGGCCAGAAGGAGGAGCAGCAGCAGCAGGAGGCGACAGCUGCCCUGCCCAGGGAGCGCGGCAGAGAGGGGGCUGCAGCGCCCGGGCGCCUGGCCACUCUUGGCGGCGGCGGCGGCGGCCGGGGAGGCGGGGAGCGGCGGGCCGCUCGGGAUGUUCCCGGGCACUUCCUGACUGGUUGGCAGCGCGCACACGGCCCGACUCGCACGUCCCCGGCCCCCUUGUCGCUCGCUCGCUCGCUCGCUCGCGCGGGCCCGCUCUGCGUCGGCCGCGCCGCGGUGGAGGCGCGCGAGGGGGACGCGGCCGGGGAUGAGCUGAUUGCGGGUAAAUACGCCGCCGCCUGGCCCCGAGAGGCCGCGAGGAGCCGCUUUUCUCCGAGUCGCCGCCCUGCCCUUGGAUUUGAGAUCAUGUCCAUUCACAUCGUGGCGCUGGGGAACGAGGGGGACGCGUUUCACCAGGACAAUCGGCCGUCGGGGCUCAUCCGCACUUACCUGGGGAGAAGCCCGCUGGUCUCGGGGGACGAAAGCAGCUUGUUGCUGAAUGCGACCAGCACGGUCGCGCGGCCGGUGUUCACCGAGUAUCAGGCCAGCGCGUUUGGCAAUGUCAAGCUGGUGGUCCACGACUGUCCCGUCUGGGACAUUUUUGACAGUGAUUGGUAUACCUCUAGAAACCUAAUCGGGAGCGCCGACAUCAUUGUCAUCAAAUACAACGUAAAUGACAAGUUCUCAUUCCACGAAGUAAAGGAUAAUUAUAUUCCGGUGAUAAAAAGGGCAUUAAAUUCAGUUCCAGUAAUCAUUGCUGCUGUUGGUACCAGACAAAAUGAAGAAUUACCUUGUACAUGCCCGCUGUGUACCUCAGACAGAGGGAGCUGUGUCAGUACGACCGAAGGGAUCCAACUCGCUAAAGAACUGGGAGCUACCUAUCUUGAACUACACAGCCUUGAUGACUUCUACAUAGGAAAAUAUUUUGGAGGAGUGUUGGAGUAUUUUAUGAUUCAAGCCUUAAAUCAGAAGACAAGUGAAAAAAUGAAGAAAAGGAAAAUGAGCAACUCAUUUCAUGGGAUUAGACCACCUCAGCUUGAACAACCAGAAAAAAUGCCUGUCUUAAAGGCUGAAGCAUCGCAUUAUAACUCUGAUUUGAAUAAUUUGUUGUUCUGCUGCCAGUGUGUGGAUGUGGUAUUUUACAACCCAGAUUUGAAGGAAGUUGCCGAGGCCCACAAGAUUGUCCUGUGUGCCGUAAGCCACGUUUUCAUGCUACUUUUCAAUGUGAAGAGUCCCGCUGACAUUCAGGAUUCCAGUAUCAUUCGAACUACCCAAGACCUCUUCACUAUCAGCAGAGACACUGCAUUUCCCGGUGCUCGCCAGGAUUCUCCCGGCAACCCACCCUUACGCGUCGUCGUCAAAGACGCCCUCUUCUGCUCUUGUUUGCCGGACAUUCUGCGCUUCAUUUAUUCAGGUGCUUUUCAGUGGGAAGAAUUGGAAGAAGACAUCAGGAAGAAAGUGAAAGAUUCUGGGGAUGUUUCAAGUGUAAUUGAGAAAGUUAAAUGCAUUUUAAAAACACCAGGAAAGAUUAAUUGUCUAAGGAAUUGCAAAACUUAUCAAGCCAGAAAACCUCUGUGGUUUUAUAACACUUCCCUCAAGUUUUUCCUUAAUAAACCAAUGCUUGCUGAUGUUGUCUUCGAAAUACAAGGUACAACGGUGCCAGCCCACAGGGCCAUCCUGGUGGCCCGUUGUGAAGUGAUGGCAGCCAUGUUUAAUGGGAAUUACAUGGAAGCAAAGAGUGUUCUGAUUCCAGUUUAUGGUGUUUCCAAAGAGACUUUCUUGUCAUUCUUAGAAUACCUAUACACAGACUCCUGUUGCCCAGCGGGCAUUUUCCAGGCUAUGUGUCUUCUGAUCUGUGCUGAGAUGUAUCAGGUGUCCAGACUGCAGCACAUCUGUGAGCUGUUCAUCAUCACGCAGCUGCAGAGCAUGCCGAGCAGGGAGUUGGCAUCUAUGAACCUGGAUAUAGUUGACCUGCUCAAAAAAGCCAAGGCCUCCUGCUUCCACAAAUGUCCAGCGGCUUUAGGCCAGGAACCUCUCCGGUAGGGAAAGUCGCCUCCUAACUGUGACCCGCGGGAGCGUAUCGCUGACGAAGAGCCACGGGCGCGGGCCGGCCGAGUCUUCCGACGUACCCCUUUCAGCCUGUCGGAGGCGGCCGGCUGAGGUUGGGCUUCAGGCUUCUCGGCUCAGCUGGCUGGAGCUUACUUCGGGUCAGAGUCCGCCCUGGAUCCCCUCCACGCCCACGGCCGGCGCCGCCGGCUGAGGGACUGGGAGUCUCCGCUUCCAUGGGGGUGCGGUCGUUUGAAAGGGGGGGAACUCAUUCGUGUGCUGUCAUCCUCAAACGUGGUGAGGUCCUGAGUAAUUCUGCUAGCAGAGCCAGGGUGCUGGCCGCUCAUCUGGGUGAGACGGUUUUAUCUCCGUGUACAGAGUAGUGGGAGAUUCAAUGGGAUAAUUUAUGCGAGAGUAGCUGCCAACGGUAGGACUCCUUGCGGGUCCAGCAAGGAGGAUGACGAUAAUACCACUUUCCCUACCUUUAAGAGAUCACCUCUGCACCCACCCAAAUGCACAACCACACUGCACCUUGACACAUUCGCGUGUGCACACACACCACACCCCAUCCUGUAGUGGGGAAAGGCUCGCGUGUGCACCCUGAGGACGGGCUGGGAUCAGGAGUGCGUAUUUCUGCUAGUGUUUUUGUUCUCCUUCCGGUCAGGCCUGGUCGUUGCCUCAAAGCAAACAGGGCGCCCGUAGGACGCCGCGGGGUCCGCGGUCGGCUCGUCUGCUGCUCUCCCGAGCGGCUUCCAGCAGGUGGCGCUGCACCCCGCGCGGCCCCGGCCCGCCGGCCCACGCUCCCGAGGAGGCACCCGAGGCACUGGCAAGUCGGGAAGUGGGUUUUCGCGGACGCCGAGCUGCAGCCGUGGCAAACGCAAACGAUGACACACCGGCUUGACGAAGGCCUUUGUCAGAGGCACGGGGGAUCUGGCGUCACCGCACAAUGGAAAACAAAGCGCUUCUGCCUGCCUGGCCAGAGUUCGCUUUGCUCACCAUCGAUUCUGGGGCAUUUACAGGCAGAAUGAGUUCCUGUGAAAUUUCAGGACCUUGCCAUGACUCAGAUUCACUUUCUGUAAACCAGUCAGCAUUGACCCUUCCCCCUCGCCUUGGAUCAUUACUCACACUUUUAGGGGACCAAUUGUAUUUGUGCUCACUGAAGAUAAAUUUGAGUAUUUCAUAAGCACUUCUGUUUUUUCAAGGGCACUUUUAUUUUUUAAAACUAACUUGGGGCAGAUUUGUAUUUUUGAGAAUUUUGCCACUCUUAGUUCCAAACAUAGUUUUGCCUUGUCUGUUAAUUUACGUGUUCAAAAGUAUGCCUUUUAGAAAUUCGAGUGAAAGCUGUAAAAUAACUACUCUGGCAGGAAGCCCAGGAGACGCUUGUUCUUGGAGACGGUGACUUGGUCAGAGGAGCAGGAAAUGUGGGUGAGGAGGGAGUGAACUGAGGGGACCUGCCCAGUUUUUUGUUUUCUGCACCUAGAAAAAAAUGUAGAUGACUGGAGUUGAUCUGUUCUGAGGAUUAUGCAGAAUUUUGGUAUUGAGGAAGUGACACAAGAUGGGGUUAGAACUGGAGAGAAAACAGAUCUGGGAAGGUCUGAAAGGGUUUGAGCCAGUGAACAGGGAGCCUGAAUGAUACCGUGGAUUUACAUCAGGAGAAGCACCUGAAGAGAACUUGAUUUAACUCAGGAGGAGGGGGCACGGGAAAGCUUUUCACCUGCAGGCGGGGGGCGGGAGCAGCUGGACACGAAGGUCCGAAGGUCCGGGCCGCGCAAAGGUGACUCUUUUACCCGACUCUCACCAGCACGUUGCUCUGACUCUUCUCCCACAUUUAGAGGGAAAUAGAUUCCGGAGAAGUUCCCCACAUCCUCAUUCCUAGUUUUGGCUAGUUGUUCCUCUGGGAUUUUUCCUACCGGUGUCCAAUCCCCUUUCCCACCUUGUGUGAUCUCCAAUCUCAUUGGUCCCUAAAAGUUCUCCUACAGAAAUCUCUAUGCCUCGUUAAAUUUUUCGUGCUUUUAUUUAGGUUUUGUUUCUGGUUUUUGAUGUUUGGUUCUUGUAGGUUUUUACUGAAAAAUUAUCUUUGGGGACUGGAGAAGGUAGGGAAUCCAUAGUUUCUCUUGAUUUCCCUCUUCCUUGCAGGGCUCGCUGGUGGGGGAGGGGGCGGGGGGUCUCCAGCUGUCCCAGGUUCUCUGGCUUUAGUGGAAUUGGGUGGGGGCCCACGGGAAGGGCGUGAGUAUAAGCACUGAGCACUUUUCUGGCACAGGGACACGGAUGUUUCAGGUGAGUGAGCAAACAAAAGCAUAAACACCUUGAAAACCAAGUCCAGCAGAGUUUAGCUUAGUUCAAAUAAAUUCACCCCCAUCCCCACCCCUUAGGGCACACAGGAAGAAUGAUGCUUGUGUGUGUAAUAUUUUCUCCUGGAUGUAUGCAAUGUUAUGAGUAAUUCUUGGCUUGUGCUGUAAAUUCUCUCCUGUUCUUGUUCACUUGGAGAAAUGUACUGGAGCUGGAGAAAAUGAAAGAAUUCGGAUUCUUUAUAAGUAUGCGUGUUGUGUGUGUUUUAUGUGAGGGAGGAAACAAAUGCAAACAGAAACUUUGCUAAGAUUAUGAUCGAUCCCGAUUUAUCGGGGUAGUAGAUACAAACAAAGCCAGAAAACAGUUGUUCACCCAAAGAACCAUGCGUUGGUCUGGCGUUUUUAAUAUGUGACCUUUGUAGAAUAAAACAGGUCAGGUGAACUCACACCAUUUUGGAGAUGGUGAAACCAAGACUCAUAGAGGGCUUAUGUGAAUUUUUUAAGACCAUGGUAUAUCACAGGUGUAGUCAAGUAGUCCAGCUUCUGGUUCAUGCCUUUAAACACCUCUUGCCCUUUGUGAGGUGAGUGGGGAAGACUAGGUGCAGGUCUGAUACGUGCCUCCUUCCAUUUUCAGAGGGGCCGAGGUCAGGCAUCUCCUACAAGUCAAGAGGGCUUGCUGAGACCAUGGCCGCGUCCUGUGAUGCUCAGGUGAGUGUCCUUCUCUGAGUCUUAGUACCUGAUGAAGCCACCAUUUGUGAAGCCCGCAAGCCGAGAGGCUGGCUAGAAUAUGGUUCGGCAGUCUCAGGUUGACAGCAUUGGUUUUAUUGUCAUUUGAGAGGUGUGUGGCAUGUCAGCUGGGCUUUUAUCACUCAGCCCCUUUUCCUUCCUGAGAAUUGUUUGUGUUGCGGAGAUUUCCUGUCUAUGUUGUUAGUGUCUGAUUCUCCCUGGUUGCUCGAGUAUCCGUGGCCAUGUUUCAUUGACUCACGCAGAUGCCCUGAUGCCCCUGAGAAAACGGAUGGCUGCUGAGCGGAAAGAGUUCAGUGUGGAAGCCCAGGGAUUGUCCCACAGCUUGCCUUAUUGGGUCCAGCUGAUUUUUUGGAACAGGGUUUGCUGAUAGCUUAGCUUUCAGAAUUACAGUUUCGUCAGUUCGCUUCCUUAAUGCUGAAUCGGAAAAAGGACAUAUCCUGGGGUAAAGCAAAAGGGAGUGCAUGUCGCAAGUAUUCAUUAGUGUCCCCUCUCCUCACUGCUGCUUUUCGGCCAGCUGGAGUUCCCAAAGCCCUGUGUCUGUGGGCAAGGCUGCGUGGUGAAACAGCUGAGUCACAGCUUUGCUUCUCUAUAAUUACAAAUUUUAUCACCUCAUCUGACAUAGAAAGGGUGUUGGUUGGAAAUGAAAUACACAUUAGGAAUAAGCUCUUUAGAAAUAGAAAAAAAAAAAAAUGAAAAACCCGGCUUUCACAAAUUUUCCCCAGUAGCUAAGGUCAUGAAGAGACAGAGGAGUCAUUUCCUUCUCACCCAUACAAUCAGGAAAAUUAAAACAUCAAAAUAAAUAACCCUGUAAAUUUCUCGACAAGCCCUCUUCUCAUUUUUUUGUUUCGUGUCCUCAGUGCGAACGUCUGGCUAACAUACCAUGCCAGCUAUCCCCCCAUCUUUUCUCCCAUCUUCUUUGCCGUUCUGUCUCUAAAGACCUUAUUCAAAAUCACCUUCAGUAUGAAGUCUUGUCUCCCUAGGAGAUACUGUUCCAUGGUAUGUUACUGUGCUUCUGAAACUUAAAAAUUGUUCUCAGGUCAUUCUCUGUGUACAUCACAUCUCCAACAGAUUGGAAGUCCUUCCAGAUCAGAGGCAGUGCCUUCCAACGCCUUUUUAUUCUCCUUGUGCUUCUUCCUUCCAUGGGGUAGUCCUUAGUAUGAGUAGCAUCCAAUCUCAAGCCUCUUUUCCAACUUAGCCCAACCAAGCUCCCCCACCAGCUAAGCUGAGAACAAACUCCCCUCCCAAAUGCGUGUGUAAACAGCCCCCCAAAAUAGCCAGGACAUGCAAACUAAUGAAGUUUCCAAUCCACCUCUACCCAAAUAUGACCUUGUUGAUACCAUCUCCUUUUAGAUGACAGAUCCGGAUGUUUCUAUUGCUUGGUUGCUAUUUGCCACAUGCUUCCUGGACAGGUUUCCAGGUAACCUUAAUGGCCAUGCUUCUGGGGAAGGAGGGGUAGAAAAUAAUUCACCUCUUCAGUAAGUGGUUGUAAAAAUAUAACAGCAUUUAAAAGCUUUUAAAGAGCAGCUCUCUCCUUCUGGUCGCUCAGGGCCCUGUUAGCUUUGCGAUAGGAGCCCCCAUAAUGCUUUGUGCUUGGCAACCUCUCACUAGGACAGAAGCCAGAUUUAAAGGCCAGGAGAUUGAUUUUUUUUUUUUUGGUGAAGGGCUUUCCAUGGAGAGUGUGGGAGAGGAAUCACUCAGGGAAGCAGUGGUCAGUGAGGCUUACUUCUCCAUCUGCUCUUCAUUCAUAUGUAAGGCUGAACAAGCUCCUUGUCUCAACAAGUGAGAGUCCCAGACCGCAGAGCGGGAGCAGUUUAUCCUGGAGGUCCCAGGGGGAGGGGGGACCUGGAAGUAAGAGGUAGGGGCUGUCACUGACUCUCCUCCCACUCACAUUCCCAUCAAAAUUUGCAGGGCGAAUGUCCCCAAAUUGCAUGUGUGUUUUGCUUUGAUGUGGCCACACUGUGGCCAGCCAGGCUUACUCUGGUGCAGCUGGAUCCCAUGGUUCAAACUGGGCCUGACUGUCCAAUUUUGGAAACUGGGAGGCGUUUUCCCCUCUGCCAGGGCUUGGAGUUUAUCUUCCCUAGAGCACUGAGUAAGAAAUUCAUGUUUAUAAAAUCCUGAGCCCCAUGGUUUCUUCCUGCUGGGGCUGGAAAAGAAGUAGGCACAGAAUGUCAGGCAGACCUUGCAACUGCUGUCCUUUUGUUCCUGCCCAGCACAAAGUUACCAGGGGAAAAAUAGGGAUAGAUAGGGUGAAGGGAUGUAUUGGUUGUUUGAGCCCUGAAUAUAUAAUUUUAAAAUUGUCACUGCAAAUCAAGUCAUGAGAUCUUCUGCCUGUAAUUUUAUUUCUUCCAAAACAAUUCCUAAAAGCUAUAUAUAAAUGAAAAUUUAAAACCGACACUGUAUUUUAAAUGCUCUGGGUAAUGUUUUUUUGUUGUCCCCCCGCCCCCGCAAGAAGUGCUGUUAAGUCCUCUAAAAGAUGUGUACUCUCCAUGUAGUUUAUUUUUUGUGCAAAUUUAUAUUUGUGUAUAUAUAUUUAAUAUAUUAAAGUUUUUUAAAACCAAGUACUCAGUAUUUGGCAAUAUCUAACAGUUGCUAAACCAACUCCAAAUCUCCUCUAGGUCGUUUCACCCUUUGGUGUCACCUUGAGCAGAAAACCACUUCUGCGUAGCAACCGUGUGCCCAUCCGUGUUGACUCUCAUGGACGUACUGAUAAUGGGCUUUUCCACCAUGAGGUGCAAACUGCUUCUCAUGGUUUAGAGAGCGCUUGGUUACACAGCACCUCCUAGGUCUUAAAAUUAAAAAUAAGACAUGAGAGGUGGGGGUUGUGCGAUAUUCUAUCUGUGAAGACAUAACCGUGUAUGUAUUUUGGUGUUCAUCAACUUCAUGAAAAUAAAGAUUCCAAACCACCACCAAAAUGUCAUUUGGCUUUAAAGAUGGGAAGUAGUGAGUUUCUACAAUUUCCAGUUAUUUGGGGCCGUGUAAGGGUAAAACGACAGGAGCUGAGAAGUUCAUGUUAAGGCAGACUGAGGCUCACCAAGUCCCACAUUUCCAGCAGGACUGAAUUCUCUGAGUCACAUCAACUCUGGGUGGAAGAUUCAUUGAGGAGUGGGUGGGGCAAAAACCAGUCUGGAGGAUGCUAGGC